AUGGCCCGCGUCGAUAUCGCCGCUCCUGCUACUACUACCACCACGACUGCUACUGCUCAGAGCGAUGACGCCCUCCCGCCGUGGAUCAAGACGCGGCCGCCAGCCGUGCCGCACACGCUCGUGUCGUUCCCCGAGGAGCACGUGCUGCUGGUGACGCUGAACCGGCCGGCGCAGCUCAACGCGAUCCAUCGGGCGCAGCACUUCGCGCUCGGGCGGCUGUGGGCCUGGUACGACGCGGAGCCGGCGCUGCGCUGCGCGGUGCUGGCGGGCGCGGGGCGGGCCUUCUGCGCGGGGGCCGACCUGCGCGAGUGGGACCAGCGCCACCACGGCGACGCGUCCUCCUCCUCCGCUUCCUCCGCCCCUGCCGGAGGGCAAGAGGAGGAGGAGGAGGAGGGGCCGGCGGGGCUCCCGCGCGGCGGGUUCGGCGGGCUGAGCAACCGCGCCGGCCGCAAGCCCGUAAUCGCGGCCGUGCACGGCGCCUGCCUCGGCGGCGGCAUGGAGAUGGCGAUCAACUGCGACCUGGUGGUGGCGGGGGCGCGCGGCGCGCGGUUCGGGCUGCCGGAGGUCGGCGUCGGCGUCGUGGCGGUGGCGGGGGGGCUGCCGCGGCUCGCGCAGAGCGUCGGGCGCCAGCGCGCGGCGGAGAUGGCGCUCGCGGGGCGCACGACGUACUCGGCGCAGCGGAUGCUGGAGUGGGGGCUCGUGAACGAGGUGGUGGCGGAGGAGGAGGGAGGAGUAGGGGGCGAGAACGCACCGGUGCUGCGCGCCGCCCUCGCCUGGGCCCGCCGGAUCGCGGCGAACAGCCCCGACGCCGUCCUCGUCAGCCGCGAGGGCCUGAAGCUCGCCUGGGACGGGGCCGGCCCCGAGGCCGCGACCGAGACGCUGAUGCGCGGCUGGUACGCGCGGAUCGACGGCGGCGAGAACAUGGUCGAGGGCGUGCGGAGCUUCGUCGAGAGGCGGAAGCCGGUCUGGAAGAAUAGUAAGCUGUGA